AUGGCAGAGUUUCAUCUUCCUCCCGAGAUCGAAAACGAAGCAGAGCAAGAGAACGCUACUUUCAUCGACGACGAGUACCUCGACUACAUCCAUUACUUGGCAUCACGAAGCAGCCAUGAAACGGAGACGUUUGGUUCUUACGAUGAAAUCUUCGGCCAAGUGUUGGGGAAUUCAUCUUCCACGCGGCGGCCGGAAACGGCCGAGGAACUUCCGGCGGUGAACUUGACGGCUGAGGAGUUGACGGAGAGGGGUUUGGUGGUUUGUGCCAUCUGUAGAGAGAAGCUAGCUCCUAGUGAGAGACUGUCUGAGCUUCCUUGUCGGCAUUAUUACCACAAAGACUGUAUCUCGAGUUGGUUGACUAAUCGGAACACUUGUCCUCUUUGCCGUCACAAUGUAAGAAACUAGUUGGGCUUUCUUGAAGUUAGUUGGUAAAAUCUGUAACUUACUCAGAAUAUAUUACAAGAAAGAUCGAGUGAAUUGGCUAUAUCCUACCUAUUCAAAUGAAUUUGUUUAGACUAAUCAACUUUGAAAAUAUGGUUAACAAUUUUGUAGAAAAAAGA